AUGAUCUGCCAUCAGUACCCAAAUUCUCCGCAUGCUACUCUUGCUACGCCUGGGCUUAUAUUCACCCAUGGCGCAGGUGGCACGCUCGACGCACCGGCUGUAGUCAACUUCUGCACUGGCUACUCCGUGGUCCACCCCGUUCUAUCAUUCCAAGGCUCUAUGAACUUCAAUGCGCGAGUCAAGGGUUUCCACGUGUCCAUAUCAUACCUGAGACUUGAGAAGCAGAGUCUCACCCUCGGCGGCCGAAGUAUGGGCGCCCGAGCGGCUGUAAUUGCGGGCACCGAGAUUCUAUCUAGCGAGGACGGGCAGAGCGAGCUUUCCCUCGUCCUGGUUUCAUACCCACUGAAAGGCCCAAAGGAUGUCAGGGACCAGAUUCUGCUGGACCUGCCGGCUUCGGUGCGCGUGCUGUUCGUCAUUGGUGAAAAGGACGCUAUGUGUCCUCUGGACCUAUUGGAGGAGACACGAAAAAAGAUGGCCGCGAAGACGAGACUUGUGGUGGUUCGGGGUGCGGAUCAUGGUAUGCACGUACGGCCUGUGGCGGAAGAGAAGCGGCUGGGAGAGGAGGCGGGGCGGUUGGCAGCUGCUUGGGUAGGUGGUGAAGCGGACGACAAUGAUAUCCACAUUGGACGCGAUGAGGAAGGAUAG